AUGUGUACCCUGAAGCGCCUCCUCUCGCCUUUUCUUUGCUGCUUUGGCAUGCGGCCCUCUGAAGACCACGCGGCAUCUGACCUCCAUACCCUACCUUCUACGCUUUCGGUGCAACUUCCUGCUUCUCAGAUUCCGCACGCUGUAAGCCAGUCAGGCGCACACUCGGCAGACAGGGAAGCCCUCCGCGAACUUUUCCGGUCCUCAUCUUCCGUCCGUGGCUAUCGAACUGCCUCUCUUCCCUCGGGAUCGAAUCUCUACAGAGAGCCGUCCUUGGACACUGACUUCAAGUUUGGGCCACAAGAUCAACAUCGGAAACAGUCUAGCCGAAUAGAGCAAUUGGGCAAUCACAUUAAGCAGAAGCUCUCGGAGUCGAGAUUGAGCAAGAGCAGCUCUAGACCUCAAAUGAUAUCUGAGCUUACUCCUCACGAUACGACAAGACGUGACAAUGCACAAUUGGGAAUGAAUGCCCCUGAAGGAACACUGAGCCAGCGAUCUACGGGUCUCCUUGAACUUCUUAUGUCACGGACUGCAAGUGAGGGUGGUUAUGAUAGCGAUGCGAAGAGCAUCCAGACAGCUGCGCUGAAGGCAAGCGAUGGCACGAUCAAGUUAAGUCCAUCGAGGGUGCUGAGCCUGUCUUCACCCGAUAGCAUUCAGCUCGUUACCACCGACUGUACUCCGCCGUCUCCUACAAGUAUUCGUGCACUGAUGGACACCCAUAUCCGAUCCGAGAACCCAAAGGCAUCAUCCACCCCGUCUACAUCAUCGAAUGCCUCCUUUAUCAAUGUCGUCCAAGGUCAAAGAGACGAAUCACCUUUAGGAUCCUCGAAGCAACCCGGCAAACUGGCAGCCGAUGUUACAAUCGAGCUUACACACGGAACUAAAUCCAAAACCAUGCCUCCUUCGACCGACCCUGACACUCGAGAGCAUGAUCUCCUCACUCCUUCUUCGUUGAAAGACUGCAGCGAAUCUGUAGCUAUGCUCAAAGCACUGGAGGGCACCGAUUCUGCGGCCAAAAGAGAAAGUCAGAUCUCCAAUGCGACAGGUCCACGGGCGAGUUUAAUGUCGGAGUUAGAUCCAAGCCUGCUAGGUUUCAUUUCCAAGUAUGGUGAGCGCUCGUCAGUCGAGAUUUUGGAAAGAAUGUCCGGUGACAAUGCCGUCGCAUUCGUUCGCAAAUCGAAUUCGUUGGCAAUGGCUGACAUGGAUCCAUUCGACGUCUCAAAGCCAGGGAGAGAGGGUAUAUCGAGAAAAGAUCUCUCUUCUCUUGCCGAUUCUGACCGAAGCUCGGUCCAUUUGUACAAUAUGCGAAUUUCUCAACGCCUCGCAAGUCCGUCCUUUAUUGCCUCUGGCAGACCGAAUACUAGCCACACGACAACGGCUCGAACACCUAGAGGAAACUCUCUAGACUUCCGACCCUCCACCAGCCAGACAUCCGUGGCUGGGAGAGUCGGGGGUCUUAUCACGGUUGAGCACAAUAGAAGACCGUCGGAUCCAGAAACUAAACGACUCUUCGAAGGCGACUUGGUCAGACGACGCACAUGCUUCAGCCGGGGGCCUGGCGCUUCACCAAUCCACGCCAAUACAUUUGGAAAGUCCAAAUCUUUGACUGGCACCGAGGAUGCCUCAUCAUUCUACUGGAGUGAUAGUGAGUUCGAAGAUGUUGGACCACCUAGACGAAGUAUACGCAAAGGAAAUCCCAAUAGCAUAGCCAUUGGCGGGAGGUCAGAGUCCAUCAGCUUGCCUAUAUGGUCUUCUAGUGCCAGCAUCGGCAACCUUUCAGUUGCAGAAGAAAGUGCUUGGUUUAGCAGAAAGCGUUCAGAGAACCAUCAAGCGAUUGAAGAAGAAGGACGGAGUGUUGGGUUCACCAAGAGGAACAGAAGUGUCAGCAUGCCAGACCGGAGCAACGUUGAUUACUACCUCCAUCGUGGUGUGAAUUCCCAGCAAGUUCAGCAUUCGACGGAAGCCAAUGAAGCCAUGAGCGAAAUCAACACCGAUCUUAUACUAGAGGCUAGGAAUGAAAAAUUGACAGAAAUCAACGUCCAAGCGAUUCGCGACGCACACAAUGAAAGAAUGAGUGAAAUCGAGCCAGCCACUAACGGAGAUACCACUGCUUCCCGGCAAGGUCCGUGCAACCAGAAGUCACUUGCCACCUCUCAUCCACGAAGGGCACUGCCCUUUUCGAGAAUCUCUGUUACUGGACGGCCUUCAAGGUCAGAAGAUGGCGAUGCAGCAAGAUCAAUCUACGAUGGCCCCAACAAGUUGCACGAGUCUGCCGCCGAUAUGUGGCAGAGGUCCUUCAAACGGGCUAUGGAAGAGCCUGAACGUGAUACAAUGAGUGGUUUUCUCACAUCGCCAAAAUUUGAUCGUGACGGUAGGAGGAGAAGUACGAGGUCGAGUAUCAGUGCAGCUCAGCUGUCCCAUCAAAGCCAACAGACCCCGGAGGAAGAAGCCGAUUCGAACACCUUGCGAGAGAUCAAAGUCCGCAAUGGAUCAUCCAGUGUUGAGAAGCAACGUCGUCUCCAGAUCUGCGUAAAGAAACCUGAUCCACUCCCAUGUGUGAACCCAAGACGCAGCAUCACCAACGUUGAUGUCGGGAGGGAGACACCUGUCAAUCUUCCAGCUAAGAAGACUUCUAGGAAAAAGAGUAUCCUAGAUAUCGGAAGACGAUUCACUGUCGUUGGAGCCUCCAGCGAAAGUGACGAGGCUUCAGGGGCGAGUACACCGCUGAAGGAUAUUUUUGGUCCAUGGGGACGUUUUCCCAGCCACACGAGACAGGAGAGGUGCGCCUCAGCAGGGCCCAAGGACGGUGUCGCAACGCGAGACUUUGCUCUCGACUAUCAGGACGAAAACACCUCAUCCACAGCCCCUCGGACGCCGUGGGCUCGGCCUACACCGACACGAGCAUUACAUACUCCUGGAUCUUGGAGAAUGCUGCAGUUUAGUAAGCAAGACGGUGGAGAGAAAGCCAGAACCAAGCGUAUACGGGGCACACAGUCUCUGGGUAUACGGCAUAGCAAGAGCCGAAAAGGACUCGCUGGACGAUGGAAAAGACUCUACCGCAGCAGCAGCACCGAAUUCAGAGCGUACGCGCACACUCACGGGCAUCGGAGCAGCAUCAGCGCGGGUGCCAGCGUCGAAUAUCCGGAGCUUGAAGUGAUUGCUGGUGAUGAACGUCGGUUUGAUGGCUAUGGGGCUUUUGGCUGGCGACCAGAUAUGGAUAGAUCUGCAGAAACCCGCCACCUACAGGAGCUACAGGUGGUAAAUCGUAUGCCAGAUCGCCCUCCAGAGCCAUUGGACACCCAACCUUGGACUCGCAUGUAUCAGGACUGUGUUGGGAGCCUGUCGGCCUUGAAGAGCGAUCCCAACAUGAAACUGGGCGGCCUUGCCGAGGUCUCCACUGGAUUGUACGACCGGCACGUCACCAGCGACAGUGUGCAGAGCGCAGGGCUGAGGGACAGUACUGUUGAUUUCGAACAUCAACUCGGGCAGGAGCAUGAGACAGUCAAAAGAAAGCUUAUCAGCAAGAUUGAGAGUAUGGACCAGAGUGAGGAGCGAUUGGAUGUCCACGCAAGGCCCACGGCCGAGGGAUAG